AUGAGGUCGCCCGAUCUCGAGGGCAGCAGCACCAUAGCUGCUGCCCCGUCCACUUCUCCAACACCGACACCCAGCUCGCCUUCGCUCAACAGGACGCCACGCUGGGGCAGCAUCCGCCAGCGCUUCAGUAGCAUCCAGUCUCGUGAUUCCAUCUCUGCCAACGCCGACAGCGUCGACGACGGCAUGUGGGACAAGAACGAUACCGCCUUCCUCGAAGAGGUCGCUCGCGCGUCUCCGCUUUUGCUCGCUUCGCCCGAUCGCUCCGACUCGCUCGCACCCGUCCUCGAGCACGACCAAUCCCGCCUCCCCAUACAUCUGUCCUCUCGCACGUUCGAAGAUGCCUCCCACUCCUCAUACUCUCGCAGAUCCAUGCAACCGCAGCCGUCGUCCGCAUCCAGCUCCACCCCUUCCUCGGCAGCAUCUGCAACCUCGGCUACAUCCACGCCCGUGGUCUCCAAUGAGGAUGUCUCUGGUGCAAGUCCUGUUCACGGCUACUCCAAGCCGUGGCCUCGUACCAUGCGCAGGAUGGCCUCCGCCACCGUCCUACCCGAUCUGCCGGAACAGAAGCGGGCAGACGAUCUCGUCUCCUUUCGACGCCCCUCCACGGCCUCGUCCUCGCCUCAGCUUCUGCCUCCCAUCGGUCCUUCCACUCCGCUCAUGUCGGACAACUUCGCCACUGCCCAUGGCUUUCAGUCCCCGAACGGAAGGAGCACCACGCAUUCAAGCCUCCGUUCCAGUCCCAGUCUCUCGCACAGCAUAUACGCCGGCCCCGACAUGACCCGAUCGGCACUCGCAGAGCAGUAUCCACGCUCACCCUCGAUCCACAGCGCAUCCUCUUACACCGCAGCUGGAUUCUCCUGGAAGGAAAGCGCGAUCCAUCCCGAAGGCCGCGCCCGCGCCUCUUCGUCCACAUCCGACUUUGGCGACGCCCUCGCGCCUCCCAUUGUCGGCAUUGACCGUCGCACAAGUCGCAGCGUCGUGGGCAGCCCCCUUGCGCAAGCAUCCCACUUCUUCGCAACUGCCUCGAGGAGCCCAGACGCGUCGAUCCGCAGCCGUAGCAGCAUCUCUACGCGCCCAACGACCGCUCCAGAAGGAUCAGUGACCCGGCAGUCCUCAGGCUUCUCUCGCGCGACCGAGCCCUUUCCCGCUGGUCAAGAUUUCGGCAUGGGUGAUUCCGACGACCACGGUACGGCCUCGCCGCGGGGCAAACGCAUGGCAACCGCCAGUAUGAGGGGCGUCCCUGGCAGUCCCACCAAGAAAAGCGCAAGCAUCGCCAGCCCGACCGCCGCACAUGCCACAUUCUCGUCUACACCUGUCGCCGCAGAGUCGCCGACCGUGACUGCUCCCGAUGUCCGCAAGCAUACCAAGAACAAGAGCAGCCUCGUCUCAGGCCUGCGCAGGCUGAUGGGCAAAAGGGAGCGCGAGGCCAGGGGUGCCGCUCCACCCCUCGAGAUCUCAUCGCCCCAACAAUUCGCUGAUGCCCCUUCUGCCGACAAGGUGGUCUCUCGAGGACCCAACCUUGCGCCGUCACGUUUCUCGGAUGCGUCUGCCACGCUUCGAUCACGAGCUCUGAGUAUGGACGGAGCUCCGAGUCCCGGGGGUCUCAACCUGCUUGGUUUAGCUGACGAUGCGUUCGGCCCUGACAAUGCAUUGCCGCGCCUGCGCACGCACGUCGAGGACAGCCCGUCUCGAUCCAACGGCCAAGACGACAACAUGCGCGCUUCGCCGAAUUUGGCUCGUCGUUCGCCCAGCCUUGACCUUCUGCGGGGCUUCGGGGGUCUGAGCAAGGUUGCAUCGCCUGUUUACAGUGCAGCAGGGCAGGAUCGAUCGGCAGCUGACCCAGCCUCGCCACGCUCGCGUACAAAAAGCAUCGAUGGCCUCGCAAAACCGUUGCGCGACGUCCUCACACACCGGCCUCGCCGCGAAUCCACCACGCGCGGCGCAAGUCGCACAAGCGUGAUCGAACACAUCUCGCACGAAGAAGCCCGCCGGCUCACAGGAUCGGCAGGCCCGACUAUUCUCCGCACGAAAGAAGCCGUCGAGGAGCAUCGCUCAACGUACGCCUCCUUUCCUUCCGAGAUCGGUCUGCCGGACCGCGCUCAUUUCGAUAUGCACCAGUCCGGCUCGCCUGCUCCUCGAUCACAGGUACUGGAAGAUGCGACGUCGAUGGCGGACCAGUCGGCUUCACAGGCGGCAACUCACGCUCCUUCGCGGCCACAGCGUCCGCAUGACAGGGAUGCUCUGAUGGCGCCGCCUCAGGACACACCGGGUCAGCCCAGCAACGGCACAGGGGCUGGCAACAGCAACAGGGGUGGCGUCUCCUCCUCGGGCUCCUCCUUUACUUCCACUAGCUCUGCCAUCACCGACUCGGCUGGAGCACAGCGUACGCCGUUCUCGUUCCAAUCUCAGGCGUACAGGCCGCUGUCGCGCGACCCGCGAAGUGACUCCAAAGCCAUGCCCGGCUCGCCCGCCAGCGGAUCGUCGCUUGGAUUUCACUUGUCUGGCGACUUGGCUGGUCUGGGCCCGGGAGCGUUCGAUUCUGGAAGAGGACUUCAUCGUCCAAGCUCGUCGACCGGCUCGCAGUACGCUCUUGCCUCAGCUCGGGGUGGCCUGCCAGCUCAGACCGCUUCGUCCAUGAUGCCGCCUCCGUCACUGUCAUCUUCCGACACGGCAAAGCGUGGCCACGCAAGUCGCCGCUCGCUCAACAGCCUCGUGGGCAGCAAGCCGUGGUCGAGCCUGCUGGGCUCGCCCCAUAUGGGUGGUGGUCUGGCGCUCGGCUCUUCGUCGUCGCACCGCAAGCGUGUGUCGACCAUGGCCAUCUCGCGACCCAUGUCGGUGUCCACGUCGGCCUUCUCGACCGAUGCAACCGAUCUGAGUCCCGAUCGCCUCGCCGAUCUGACGCUAAGGCCGUCGGAUUUUGAAGGCGCUCGCUCGCGGCUGCGCGUGGAUUCAACACUUUCCAACUUUUCGGAACCGUCGCAGUGGGAGCCACCCUCGGGCCCACUUGGCGUUGCCCUGACUCCACAUGCAGCGACAGCUGAGUCGUCGGCUUCUUCGCACCACUCGCACCAUUCGCAUCGCUCGCACCGGUCCUUCCAGUCGCACAGGCUGGCACCGACCUCGUCCAAUUCGGCGCUUCGUCAGCCCACGCUCGGCCAAGCUAGCAGGCCUACGACAGGCGAAGGCUUCUCUCUUGACCACCGCUCGUCGCCCUCUCUCGCUGCUAUCUCUGCGCACUUGGACGAUCCGCCCUCGCUGAACCGCUCCUCUUCGCUCAAAGGGCUGAGCAACGUCCGCACCACCGACUCUUCGGUCUUUGUACCGACCUUGGCUGCGGCUGCGCCCAUCUCGACGCGCCCUACACCGCGGCCGCUUUCCUCGGGAUCUGUGCUGGCCCAUCGAAAGCGCCCCUCCUUCGGCCUCGCCAUCGAGCCUGCCGCCCAUUCGGCCUUUGACAGCAUUCCCAGCCCGCUUUUGCGCACGCGCCGUGGGUCCUUGGCCUUGCCCGACGGAUCGAAUUCCGGACGACCUUUCUCGUCCUCGUCGGCAUCUGCAGGUCGCACGACGUCCGACAGCUCGUCGCGCACCAGCCUGAUCCAGUCGGCGCGCGCAUCGGCAGGAACGCUCUCUUCGCACCACACCUUUGCGUCGGACGACAAGCUCGAGGUCGAGACCGUGCGCGACGGCAGUCCGACCAAGCUGCCAUCUGACCAGCCCUCGCCUCUGCGUGACGAUUCGGUUGCGGAACUCGAGAUCGCCAUGUCGGCUGUGCUUCUGCGCCCGCCCUCGUCCAGCCAUCGCCAUUCGGUCUCGGUGCCGAUGGACGAGGGCGACUCGCCGCGACAGCAUCAGGAAGAGAGCUGGAGCCGGGCUACGGGCGCGACCCAAGGCCCCCGGCAGCCCACGACGUCACGGGUGUUCAUGAUUCACUCGCCGAACGAAGAGGCCUCCGCAUCGCCAUCGUCGGGCCGCCUGAGCCAAGCUACCAAGGACAUCGCCUUCGGAUCGAUUGCGGGUAUGGUGAGCAAGGUGUUCGAGCAUCCGUUCGACCUGGUCAAGGUGCGACUGCAGACGCAGUCGGCGGACAGGCCUCCGCGCUACGCGGGUGCGUUUGACUGCUUCAAGCAGACGUACCUGCAGGAGGGCAUUCGUGGACUGUACCGGGGUCUGAGCAUGCCAGUGCUGGGCGCGACGCUCGAGAACGCGUGUCUGUUCUUUACGUACAACCAGAUCCAGUCGGCGAUCCGCUGGGCGAACGGCGAGGCGAGCAUGGCGUCUGCGGCGCAGGCGGAUGCAGAAGCGCCGCUGUCCAUGGCGCAGCUGGGCAUCGCCGCCGCGGGCGCGGGGUCGGUGACGAGUCUGGUGCUUACGCCGAUCGAGCUGAUCAAGUGCAAGAUGCAGGUGCAGAUGAUCACACGCGAGCAGCAAGCUCCUCUGGCCAGCUCAAGCUCGCACGCGGCGGGUGCGGCUACGACUGGCGCACAGUUGCAACAGCAACGGUCGCUGUACACGAGUGCGGUGCGCUCAUCUGCGGGCGGAUCGCAGGCGUCAGCACAGGCAUUCAAGACGCUCGAUGGACCACUGACGCUGCUGCGACGCACGGUUGCUACGGACGGCAUCCGCGGACUGUGGCUCGGGCAGACGGGUACCUUGCUGCGCGAGACGGGUGGGGGCGUCGCGUGGUUCCUCGCCUUUGAGGGCUGUUCGCGCUCCCUGAUCGCGCGCAAACGCGCCCAGCAACGCCGCAACGAUAUCACCAAGAAGGACCUGAGCUCGCUCGAGCUCGUGGGUGCCGGUGCGCUGGCGGGGAUCAGCUACAAUGUGGUGCUCUUCCCCGCCGACUGUGUCAAGUCGACCAUGCAGACCGAGCAGGAGAUGCGCGCCGCAUCGCACGGCGCCGUGGCGGGGCAGAAGUGGAAGGGCACCGGCUUCUUUGACACGUUCAAGAAGAUCUACACUACCCGCGGCGUUCGCGGGCUGUACGCCGGGUGUGGUGUGACGUGUCUGCGCAGCGCACCGUCGAGCGCCAUCAUCUUUUUGAUGUACAACAAGCUGGAAAAGCUCAGCGACUCGUAUGGACUAUAG